AUGAAGGUCUCCACACUCGUCUCCUUCUUCCGUCCAUCUGCCGCCGUGCUCGUCCUGCUGUCGCUGCUUCUGAUUGGCUGGACCGAGCAUGUGACAGCGGUCCCUGUGGCCCGGUCGCUUAGUGCGCCACUGCAAGACAGCGCCACAUGGGAUGCUAUCCAGAAUUUGUCACAACAUGCUCAGAGUAUGCAGUCGGAGGAACACACCAACAUCCGACUGAUCCCCAGAGUCAACGUCAGCCAGGACCAGGUGAAGAUCUGCUGCCUCCACGCCAACAUCCUGGACUACUACCUGAGCAACGUCCUGCAUCAAAGUGACAUCGAACAUCCCAGCAUGCACCUGCUGAAGACCAACCUGGCCCGAGUCAGCGAGGACCUGAAGAGGCACGGCUGCAGUGUGACUCACUACCACAACCAUCACCACGCUGUGGAGUUUCGCAGAAAGCUCAAGGAGAUGGACGGCGAUCAAGGCAUAAUCAAAGCAGUGGGAGAGAUCGACAUCCUGUUCAGCUACCUGCAGGACUUCUGCAUCGAGAGGAAAAACUAA